AUGGCAUCCAAAGCAUCAUAUGAGAACAAACCCUACAUUCAAACUAUUGUUACCCAACACUGGAAGAUGGAAUUUUUGGGAUCCGAUGACUACUGGAACGAUUUUCAAGGAAAAGCCACAACACAUGCUUUUAUGCUUUAUGAUAAAAGUGAUCCUAUUGUUGUGUCCUUUAGAGGUACUGAAGCUUUUGACGCAGACGCAUGAAGUUCUGACUUUGAUCUCUCUUGGUGUGAGAUCGAUGGCAUGGGCAAGAUUCAUGGCGCUUAUGGUUUACUAAAGGUCAAAGGUUGGCCCAAACAUAUCGAUAAGCAAAGCAAUAACCGCCCGGCGCCCUUAGCAUGCGACGCAAUCAGGAAAAAAUUAAGAGAACAUUUAAGCAAAAACGUUAGAGCAAAAUUUAUAGUGACAGGCCACAGUUUAGGCGGUGCAUUGGCUAUUCUCUUUGCAGCGAUUUUGGCACUUCAUGACGAGACAGAGUUAUUGGAGAGAUUGGAGGGUGUGUACACAUUUGGGCAACCCAUGGUAGAAGAUGAAAAUUUUGUGGAGUUCAUGAAAAAGAAGUUAAAAGAGAGUGCCAUUAAUUACGUUAGGUUUGUUUACAGUAAUGAUAUUGUGCCUAGAUUGCCUUUUGAUGACUCUGAGCUUAUGUUCAAGCACUUUGGGCAGCGCUUCUACUACAAUAGCCUCUAUAAAGGAAAGGUGGUUGCAGAAGCACCAAACAAAAACUACUUCUCACCAUUGGAGGCAAUACCCAUGAUGAUGAAUGUAGUUUGGGAACUGAUAAGAAGCUUUGCUUUAUGGCGCAUAAAGAGGGCGGACUAUAGAGAAGGGGGAUUGAUGAGAGUGGUGAGGGUUAUUGGAUUGAUAAUCCCCGGUUUAUCAGCUCAUUGUCCCCAAGAUUAUAUCAACGCUAGUUGCCUCGGAUCCACUGAUGUUUUGUUCCACCCCAACAGAUUGUAA